AGGUUUACUGCAAGGCCACUAGUGGAAACUAUAUUUGAAAGGGGAAUGGCUACAUGCUUUGCUUAUGGACAGACUGGAAGUGGAAAAACUCAUACUAUGGGUGGUGACUUUUCAGGAAAGAACCAAGAUUGUUCUAAAGGAAUUUAUGCAUUAGCAGCUCGAGAUGUCUUUUUAAUGCUAAAGAAGCCAAACUAUAAGAAGCUAGAACUUCAAGUAUAUGCAACAUUUUUUGAAAUUUAUAGUGGAAAGGUGUUUGACUUGCUAAAUAGGAAAACAAAAUUAAGAGUUCUAGAAGAUGGAAAACAGCAGGUUCAAGUGGUGGGAUUACAGGAACGGGAGGUCAAAUGUGUUGAAGAUGUUCUGAAACUCAUUGACAUAGGCAACAGUUGCAGAACAUCCGGCCAAACAUCUGCAAAUGCACAUUCAUCUCGAAGCCAUGCAGUGUUUCAGAUUAUUCUUAGGAGGAAAGGAAAACUACAUGGUAAAUUUUCUCUCAUCGAUUUGGCUGGAAAUGAAAGAGGAGCUGAUACUUCCAGUGCGGACAGGCAAACUAGGCUUGAAGGUGCUGAAAUUAAUAAAAGCCUUUUAGCACUCAAGGAGUGCAUUAGAGCCUUAGGUAGAAAUAAACCUCAUACUCCUUUCCGAGCAAGUAAACUCACUCAGGUGUUAAGAGAUUCAUUCAUUGGUGAAAACUCUCGUACCUGCAUGAUUGCCACAAUCUCUCCAGGAAUGGCAUCCUGUGAAAAUACUCUUAAUACAUUAAGAUAUGCAAAUAGAGUAAAGGAGUUUGGAAUUAGUCCAUCAGACAUUCCCUUCUCACAGGGUAGUGGCAGUCGCCCAGAUCUCUCUCCUUCUUAUGAGUAUGACGACUUUUCUCCUUCAAUUACCAGAGUGAAAGAACUGACUGUAGAUCCAACAGCUGCUGGUGAUGUUCGUCCAAUAAUUCACCAUCCACCAAACCAAAUUGAAGACUUAGAGACACAGUGGGGUGUGGGGAGUUCCCCUCAAAGAGAUGAUCUAAAACUUCUUUGUGAACAAAAUGAGGAAGAGGUUUCUCCACAAUUGUUUACUUUCCACGAAGCUGUCUCACAAAUGGUAGAAAUGGAAGAACAAGUUGUAGAAGAUCAUAGGGCCGUGUUCCAGGAAUCUAUUCGAUGGUUAGAAGAUGAAAAGGCUCUCCUAGAGAUGACUGAAGAAGUAGACUAUGAUGUUGAUUCAUACGCUACACAACUUGAAGCUAUUCUUGAGCAAAAAAUAGACAUUUUAACUGAGCUGCGGGAUAAAGUGAAAUCUUUUCGUGCAGCCCUACAAGAAGAAGAACAAGCCAGCAAGCAAAUCAACCCGAAGAGACCCCGUGCCCUUUAAAUUGGUAUUGGCUGCUAAAGGAUCCCCAGAACCCUCACUACUGUAACAUACAAUGGUUCAGCUAUAAGGGCCAUUUGAAAGUUUGAAAUUUUAAGUGUCUGUGGAAAAUGUCUUGUCCUUCACCUGAAUGACAUUUCAAUUUUGUGAAACACUCCUUUGUCUACAAAAUGCUUCUGAGGAGGCACAACCAAGAAUUGGGAUUAGUGAAGCAUUUUGUUUCAUUUACCCAAAUAGUGAUUUACCUUUGGAGAUCCUUGCCAAUUUUAUUUUCUACAUGAUGAAGUAAGAUUGUGGACUUGAUCCAGAGGUGUGGACAGUAGGGAGAAGCCACAGCAUUUCCUUUUAACUUGGUUCAAUUUUCGUAGCAAGACUGAGCAGUUUUAAGUCCUUUGCGUGCAUGCAUACCUCAUCAGUGAUUGUACAUACCUUGCCCACUCCUAGAGAGAGCUGUGCUCACCUCUUCUUGCUUUGUGCCUUGACUAAGGCUAUUGACCCUAAAUUUCUGAAGCACAGCCAAGAUAAAUUACAUUCCUUAUUUGUCAUUGUAAAUUACCUUUAUUGUGUGUACAUUUUUACUGUAUUUGAGACAUUUUUUUGUGUGUGACUAGUUAAUUUUGCAGGAUGUGCCAUAUCAUUGAAUGGAACUAAAGUCUGUGACAGUGGACAUAGCUGCUGGACCAUUCCAUCUUAUAUGUAAAGAAAUCUGGAAUUAUGAUUUAAACCAUAAAACAUGUGAUUAUAAUUUUCUUAGCAUUUUCUUUGUAAAGAACUAAAAUAUAAACUAGUUGGUGUAUAAUAAAAAGUAAUGAAAUUCUGAGAAGAGUUUUAUCUUAGGAUAAUCCAUAUAUAUGCAGUGUGUGUGCCAGUGUGGUAUUAACAAGACUAAUAGUGCAAUUUGAUCCUUACCAAUACCAUUACUUAAGUUGAAGUGUUCAUUGGCACCCCACAAUAUACCUUUUUAAUGUACUGUUAAAGGAAAUUGGCUUCUGAUGCAUGAACAUUUACAUGUACAUUGAAAGUAGUCCAUAAUAGAAGUUAGUUUAAGCCAAGUGUAGACAGUACAUAACCCCCUUGAAAAAGAAGCUGAAAAAGAGUUGACUUUGCCUUAAAAGGCAGAUCUAACCCAAGUUCCAUCCAGUACCUGUUAUGUCAUGUUUCACCAUUUUUUGGUGAGAAACAUCAAAUUCUCACCAAGAGACUGGUGUAGGGUACGCUCCUUUUUAAAUGGCAGCACUUAUUUUUACAGAUUGCUACUCCAAGGAAGAAAACUGGCCACUUUUCAUGUAAAUAUUUUGUUAAAUUUUAUACAUCUCUCUCUAGGAGUUUCCCCUCAGUUCUCAGGGCAGAGUCCAGGAGUAGAUUAACAACAAAAAAUCUCCCAAGGAUAUCUUGUUCUGAUUUACUCUAGGGAACUACAAGCUCAUUCAUAUGAGCGAAAGGGAAGCUAUGAAUAGAGAAUUACAUGAGCCAGAUUCUCUGUUUCACUGUUCAUAAAACCCACAGGGUAGUUGUAAGAAAUCCUAACACCAUAAUGAAAACCUCUGUAAACUUGAAAUCUAAAACAAAUGUAGAUUUUCACAAUAUGCUUAUUAAUAAAUGAAAUCUAUGGAAUGAA